AUGUCGGAAGUGUCAUCAGGGUCUAUCAACAUUGCUCGUGGGAAAGAUGCAUCCCAGAGUACUACAAGCACUGGCGGCACUGCGGACCGAGCCACGGACGGUAUCACCAGCGGUCGUUUUUCAGAUGGUUCCUGUACAUCAACAAAGUUUACAAACAAUCCGUGGUUUGUUCUUGACCUCGGCGAGACAUACCAAAUACAGAACGUUGUUAUCUACAGUCGGACAGACGAAUGCUGUGUCUCCAGAUUGUCUAACUUCUCUGUGGAGGUCUUCGGGGGUGCUAACUGUAAAGGUGGGCCGGGGCAUGGUUUGAGUCAGUGCGCCUACCACGAGAACGUUGCUGAUAGUGUCACCAGCAUCUCCUGCAACGGCAUCGGUCGCUUCAUCAGGAUAAAGAUCCACCAAACCAGCACGUUACAUCUAUGCGAGGUUGAAGUAUACACGGUUACGACUGACCCAUGUGAGGUGGAGACGCCCGCAGCUGUUUGGCCAGUUCAGCCAAAAGGACUCGUAAUUAUAGAUGCACCCACAUCCACAGUCUGGGAGGAUUUCUCAACACAGAUCGCCCUCGUCAUUCCAUCCAUGACGAGCAGAUCAGAGGAGGCUGACAGUACGGACAGUUCGCAAGUGAUGACCAGCACGGACGAAACAGUGUACGCUACUGAUAACCACUUGAGCAGCGUCCUCCUCACUUCCGCUUCCGGUUUUCCAAUACAAAGCAGCCAUGUGUCAGUCUACGAAGGUACCGUUACCACUUCACUGGCCACAACAAGCAGCACGAACCCGCCAAGCAGCUCCGUCAAGCCUUACACCGGUGUUACCACCAUCAGCAGUAUAUCUGGAGCGCGUACGGUAUCCGAACAAUGUCUCUGUCGGUGUAAAACGCCACAUCCCUGA